CUAGAACACCUUAAAAUCCUUUCAUCGCGGUAUAAAUGAUGAUUUUGGUCCCACUAAUUAAGCCUUUAUUUAUUGCCCGACCCAUCCAAACGACACGCCGCAAAUGUUCUCCUCUACUGCCCGAUCGUCGUGGUUCUGUGGUGUCUAGCUUCACCCCAGUCGCUCUGUAUUCGGAUUAUCGGGUCGGUUCACUUCAGAUGGAUCCUCAAAUGCAGAAUGGCGAUGUCGCCGGUGUACCCGCCGCUUCUGAUGCCGGUGGAGCGAAACAGGAAGACGGUCAUGAUUCGGGUCCGGCGGGAAUCGGAGCUCCUGGCGACCCGCAUUCAGAUGAAAUGGAGAAGACGGCGAUUGCUAGGUCGGUGGUCGACACUUCUGCUCCGUUUGGGUCCGUCAAAGAGGCUACCACCAGAUUCGGCGGAAUCGGGUUCUGGAGGCCCACCAAACACAACCCGUACGGCCGUGAGUCCGAGGUUACCAAUGAGGUUGACAUUGCCAAAAUGGAGAAGCAAGCUGCCCAGUUAAAAAGUGAUUUGAUUCUUAAAGAAAAGGAAACGCUUUCUGCUCUAGAAGAACUGGAAACCACCAUGAAUACCGUGGUGGAACUAAAAGCAAAGCUCCAGCAUGCAGAUAUUCUUGUUGCCGGGAUUAAUGAUGGUGGUCCCAGUAGUUCGAUUAUGUUCCCAUCAUCAACCCCCGGACUCAUCUUAUUGGAAUUGAAACAAGCCAAACUAAACUUAACCAAGACAACAGAUGAUCUCGUGGGCAUCCGAACUGCGAUUGAAUCUUACAAGGCAAGAAUAGAGAAAGAGAGGGUCUUGCUUGAAAAGACCAAGAAAAGGCUCGUUUCCAGUACCAUGAAAGUCUUGUCCCUCAAGGAAGAGGUGAGUCAAACGAACCAAAGACUCAAAGAUUGUGAUAAUGAUCCGCUGCAUGUCACAUGGGAGAUUCAGAAGCUGAGUUCGGAGGCUGAGCAUCUCAAGAAGGUUCUAGAAGCGACAAAAUCAGAGGUUCUUAAGGCUAUGUGUGAGAUUGAACAGACAAAGUCAAAGAUUAAGACUGCCGAGAGCAGAUUGGUUGCAGCUAAAAAGAUUAAAGAAGCUUCUAGGGCCACUGAGGCUUUUGUUCGUGCUGAAAUCAAUGCCUUAAAGAGCAAUGAGAUGAAACCUGAGAAAGGAAUAACCCUUGCAGUCGAGGAAUACACUUCAUUGACCAGAAAAGCUCAAAAUGCAGAGGAAACACUUAAGAGGAGAGUUGUUAGUGCCGAACUUCAAGUUGACGAAGCCAAUGUCUCGAAAACAGAAACAUUAACCAAAGUUGAGAAAGUCACAGAGGAGCUUAUGACAAGAAAGGCUGCGUUAGAAGAGGCACUUAGCCGAGUCGAGGCUGCCAAUCGCGCUAAGUUAGAAGUUGAGGGGGCUAUGCGCAAAUGGAGAUCUGACCAAGGUCAAAGAAAGUCUUCUGUGAAAAAUCCAACCAAAUUCAAGAACUCUAGUAAGGGUCUUCCUCUUGUCGAUGGCGAUAACCCACCACCAACUGUUUUUCAGUCGACAUUAUCAAUAGGACAGAUAUUGAGUAGAAAACUGCAUUCCUGGGAAGAAUCAGCGCGCGUAGAGAAGAGCAGCGGAAAACAGAAAGGGUCAAUUUCCCAAAUGUUUUGCAAGUCAGGCAGCGUGUUGAAUUUGAGAGAUGGACAAGAGAAUGCACGUAAAGAUGUUACUCUGAAGGAAAAAAAGAAGCUUGGCCGCUUCUUUCGAGUCUCAGUUGUGAGUAAACAAGGCAAGGUGACACCGAAAUUCAGCAUCACUUAGGGAGUGUUUGCAACUGCUUCUGCUUAAAAAAAAGCACUUUUGGAAAAGUAAUGAAAAAGUGAUUGGUAGUAAAAGUUGAUAGUGUUUGAGAAAAAAGUGAUUUUGAAAAGUAAAAGUUGGUAGUGUUUGGUAAAAUAAGUGCUUUUUGUGUAAUAGAAAAGGGAAAAGCACUUUUCACACGCAAGCCGAGAAAAAGUAAAAAUUGGUAGUGUUUGGUAAAUAAGUGCUUUUUAAAGCCAAAAGCUGAGAAGUGCUUUUUUUUAAGCAGUUGCAAACACUCCCUUAGUCUCAUGCUGUCUACAUUAGUAUUUAGUACUGGAGAACCUCUUCUGCUAAAGAUAUCUCUUCAGCGCCUCAUCUGAAGAGAAAAAGUGCUUCAUUAGCACUUCUAACAGCAAAUUGACCUAUUUCACCAUCACCAAGUGCUUCAUUAGCACUUCUAAAUGCAAAUUGGCCUAUUUCACCACCACCAACCUGCAUCUAUUGUUAAAAUAGGGAGUAGAUUCUAUUUAUUGAUGUGGUAUAUGUGUUUUAGAAAGAGCGGGUAAUGACCCGUCAUGCUGAUGGAUUUUUGCCAUGCCAAAAACGAUUACAGAUUUGCAGCCACCAAGAUCUCUUCAGCUCCUCAAAGUUUUUCGCUCAUUCAUUUUUAACCAGUUGUAAUAUUUUACUGUCAAUACUCAAUAUGAUGUGCCUGUACACUACCCCCAUCACAAAGUUAGUUAUUCUUGCAAUUAACUUAAGACACUCUUAAU